ACAGAUGUUUGAGCAUUCAAUUAUUAAUGGAUUGGAUUACUGCAAAUGGAUGUAACAUAGUCAGCUGCAUCACAAGGGUUUGACAUUUUUAUUUUCGCGAAUUAUGAAAUUUUUCUGCUGAAUCAAAACAUUUUCAAGAAUUAUGGCUACUGAUGUUUUAACGGGCAUCUGCAACUGCAGCAGUGGGGAUAGUAUUACAUUCUCUGUGCUGUCCAAACAAAGUACAGUUGGUGUAUCAAUCAGUGCAACAUGCGAAGGCACGCGGAUGUGGUACGCAUUUCUUUCAUCAUCGCUUGUUACUUUCUUCGGUGGUUUGUUGGUUAUCCUGGUUUGGAGGAUAUUUAACUACAUGUGUUGCCCUGGAUACAGCCAAAUAAUAAUCAAAAGCGAGGAUCAGAAAGUGAUGGAGGAAUCUGAAGAUGAAGAUGAGAAGAAGGAUGAAGUCCAGGGAGGAAGAGCCAUGGAAGUUGGCUGGAUGACGGCCGUCAAAGAUUGGGCCGGCGUUAUGAUAUCUGCGCAAACAUUAAUAGGCAGAAUCCUGGUGGUUUUGGUCUUCAUGCUAAGCAUUGGAGCAUUGAUCAUUUAUUUCAUUGACUCAGCUGACCCAAUUGAGACUUGCAAAAACUUUUUCACUGAUAAGACUUUGCAGAUUGAUCUCGCGUUUAACCUGUUUUUCCUGCUCUACUUUGGGCUAAGGUUUAUUGCGGCGAAUGACAAGCUUCUAUUCUGGUUGGAAGUAAAUUCAAUUGUUGACUUUUUCACGGUUCCACCAGUCUUUGUGUCGGUAUAUCUUAACAGAACUUGGUUGGGGCUGCGUUUUCUUCGCGCGUUACGACUUCUACAAUUUUCGGAAAUCCUUCAAUUUGUGAACAUUUUGAAAACAAGCAACAGCAUCAAGCUUGUGAACCUGGUGUCUAUUUUCCUGAGCAUAUGGUUAACUGGGGCAGGGUUUAUCCAUCUGGUUGAAAACACCGGGGAUCCGUGGCUAAACUUCUCCAACCCACAAAAGAUAACUUACUGGGAGAGCGUUUAUCUCUUAAUGGUUACCAUGUCAACAGUUGGUUACGGUGACAUUGCAGCGAAAACGACGCUCGGCAGAUUUUUUAUGAUUUUCUUUAUAUUUGGUGGCCUUGCCAUGUUUGCAAGCUAUGUGCCUGAAAUUAUUGAACUAAUCGGAACACGCAAGAAAUAUGGAGGAGCUUACACUUCUGUUAGCGGGCGAAAGCAUAUAGUGGUGUGUGGGCAUAUUACACUUGAAAGCGUUUCUUACUUUCUGAAGGAUUUCCUCCAUAAAGAUCGUGAUGACGUUAACAUAGAGGUUUUAUUUUUGCACAGCAUACCACCUAACCUUGAACUGGAAGCUUUAUUCAAGAGGCAUUUCACGCAAGUUGAGUUUUUUGAGGGCUCGGUCCUCAAUUCUAAUGAUUUGUCUCGUGUUAAAAUGGAAGGAGCAGAUUCGUGCGUUAUACUCGCAAACAAAUAUUGUACGGACGCAGAUGCUGAAGAUGCCUCUAAUAUCAUGCGGGUGAUCUCCAUUAAAAACUACCAUCCAAAAGUUCGGAUAAUCAUCCAGAUUAUGCAGUAUCACAACAAGGCUCAUUUGCUUAAUAUUCCAAGUUGGAAUGUAAAGGGUGGUGAUGAUGUCAUUUGUUUAUCGGAACUUAAACUCGGGUUUAUAGCUCAAUCAUGUUUGGCGCCCGGCUUCUCUAGUUUAAUGGCAAACCUGUUCUCCAUGAGAUCAACUAUGAAGUUUGAUGGAGAUUCUUGGCAAAAACAUUAUCUUGCUGGUGUUGGCUCAGAAAUGUACACAGAGUAUUUAUCGUCUUCUUUUGUUAAUUAUUCCUUCCCCAAAGUUUGCGAACUUUGUUACAAAAAUUUAAAUUUGCUCCUUGUUGCUGUUGAAGUAAAAUAUGAGAAUGAAGAAUCAAGGAGUGGCAUUGACCGCAUUUUGAUCAAUCCGGGAAAUCAUGUGAAAAUACAAGAAGGAACUUUGGGUUUUUUUAUCGCUCAAUCUGCAAAAGAAGUUAAAAGAGCUUUGCUCUACUGUAAGUCUUGCCAUGAAGAUGUCACAAACCCUGACUUGAUAAAAUCUUGUGAAUGCAAGCGAAAAAAAGAUGGUACAAGCAAAAGAACGAUACUUUCAUUGCUGGGAUUAUCCAGUAAACCCCUCAGAGUUGACCCAAGCAAGGUACCGCUGUGGGUGCCUUAUGAACAAAACACUAAGUCAUACAAAGCUGAGCCCCAACCACCGUCGUACCACAGUGUGACAAGUAAAAGGAAUAGUUCGGUUUCUAACAAAGCUAAUCCAACAACUGCCAGCAAACAAAGGCCUUCAGAUGCAUCGCGUAUUAGGAAAGAAUCGGGUUCAAGCCACGUCAUCCCAACAGCCCUUCCCCCAGUCACAUCCGGUCAAGUUCAGCAACACGAUGGUGAUUCUUCCAUGAAGUAUGAUGUCACAGGGAUGUUCCACUGGUGUCCCAACCGUGAUAUUAAUAAGUGUAUGCUGAGUCGUGAUAAAGCUGCAAUGACAGUGCUAAGCAGACAUAUAGUGCUUUGUAUAUUCGGUGAUGGUAAAAGUCCAUUGCUUGGUCUUCGUAACUUUGUCAUGCCAUUACGUGCUUCCAAUUUCCAUUACCACGAACUCAAACAAAUUAUUUUACUUGGAGAUCUGGAUUUCUUACGUCGAGAAUGGGACACAGUCUGCAAUUUCCCGAAAAUAUCAAUUUUGCCGGGUUCACCGUUAAGUCGUGCUGAUCUACGAGCAGUUAAUGUCAACCUAUGCGAUAUGUGCGUGAUAUUGUCGGCCAACCAAAACUCCAUUGAUGAUCCCUCUUUACAAGAUAAGGAAUCGAUCCUCGCAUCUUUAAAUAUAAAGUCAAUGCAGUUUGAUGACAGUAUAGGGGUGUUACAAGCAAGCUCGCAUGGUUUUCCCCCGUUCUUACAAAACACCGACAAAUCAACGCCAGCAAAAGGAAUCACCAGUGGUGCAAAUAUACCAAUGAUAACUGAACUAAUCAACGACACAAACGUUCAGUUCCUCGACCAGGACGACGACGACGACCCAAACACCGAGCUUUACCUGACGCAACCCUUUGCGUGUGGGACGGCGUUUGCUGUCAGUGUGUUGGACUCCCUUGUUAGCGCUGCCUAUUUUAACAGCAACGCAUUAACGCUGAUUCGUACUUUAAUCACCGGAGGUGCUACGCCUGAACUAGAAGCUAUAUUAGCUGAAGGAAAUGCUUUACGCGGUGGCUUCAGCACCAGUGAGACACUUGCAAGCAGGGAUAGAUGUAGGGUGGCCCAACUUGCAAUAUUUGAUGGACCAUUUGCAGAACUGGGGAAUGGUGGAUAUUAUGGAGAUUUAUUUGUGAAAGCUUUGCAGACGUACAACUUAUUAUGCUUUGGUAUAUACAGAUUCCGAGAUGUAAACGACCCGGUAGCGAACCCUACUUCCAAGCGAUACGUCAUAUCUAGCCCUCCAGAUAAGUUCGUGUUGGUUUCAUCCGACUUGAUCUUCUGUUUGAUGCAGUUUGAUUAUUGCGCCGGUAAUAGUUCAAUCACGAGAAAAUCUUCCAUUGCUUCAUAUCAUGGACGAGCUAUAUUGCCAGCUAUAGAUUUACAUGAGGUACCCGUUAACCCAACCAACCCCCAACCUAGACACGCCAGAUCAAGUAAAGGCUCGUCCUCAGCCACAUUAAACAACAACCGACACACACAAUCCCGUUUAGCCGCCCCUGCCCCGCCCAGGUACUCAGAUGAUGACGAUUGGGACAACGCCCACCAAGCGACCAAUCACACGCAUGCAGACAAUAAUACAAGGCAGCAAGCGCGUAAGAGAUCAAACAAGUAUGACGUCAUAGUAGCGUGAUGUGUAUAGUACUAUGGGGUAAGAUGGGAUAUCGUUAGCACCUGAAUCCCAUAUUUCCUAAUCGUGUUAUAAACAAUCAACAAAACUCUCUUAGAGUUACGGCGCUACGUUCAUAUAAUUCUUUAAAUAUUCUUUAUUUACUACCAAAUGGGAUGAGAAAAGAGAAAUAUAACAUGUCCCAUCUUACCCCGCCCUACUAUAUAGUACAUAGGUGUUUCACCCGUUUAAAGGUACGGUAAUGAAAUACACCUUGACGCAGCGUCGUUAACAUUAUUUUUGUAGGUGUUGUGGUUUUAGAAUUUUUCCGAAUUAGUCUCUGUUUCUUUAUCGCAGUAAUUGGUAUCUUAUGGUACAAAGUACAUUAUGAUUUGCACACACCCCUAUGCUGUAUAUCUUUGCCGUGCUGAUCUAGCUGCCUGAUAACAGGCAGUCUUAACGUUGUUGUGCUAAUCCCGUCUAUAUUUACGGUCACUUGCUGAAAUAAACCAAUUGAUUUUUGUUACCGUAA